CAGCCUUUAUAUUUAUUUACUGCUGAGAGGUAGUGGUAGAAAUACUAGUAGAAGAAGCUGCAAUAUUCGUUCAUGGCAGCCAAGGAAAACAACAUAGGCCUGCAGAGUCAUCAGCAGGACCGCCACCCGUGCAGAUGCAAAUCAUUUGGGCAGAAGUGCAGUCACCUGGUGAAGAAGCAGCGUGCCAAAUUCUACAUUCUCAGGCGUUGUAUAGCGAUGCUUGUGUGUUGGCACGAGCGAGGAGACCCUUAAGGCACUUGUCCUGCUCGAGACUGCAUUAGCCUAUAUAUAGGAAUGUAAUUAAAAGGGAGUGCUUCUCAUAUAUUAGAUAAUGUAGCUCAUUCCUUUUUUUUUCUUUCUCUUUUUUUUUUUUUUAAGGCAGUUGCAGUAUAUAUAUUUAUAUAUGAAUAUAAUGUUUUUUUAGCUGCUUGGGAGGCCUUUAGAUCUGCGUUUGGUCUAGGUUAAAUAAUUUUCUGUACUAAGAUUCUUCUCUCCAAUCCAUCUUUCUGGGCAACCAAACAGGGUGUUUGCGAUGGCCCGAUGAUGUUGUCUUGUUGUUCACAGUCUUCUCGGAUAUAACUUCAAGUAAGAACCGAAAACAAUUGCAGAUUGAAGGGUUUCUUCAGUUUGUUUAAUUUGCUUUCUUUUAUCCUUCCAUUUUCUGCUUCUUUCAAUUGGGCUAUGAUGAGGCCGAUGGAGUUAAUUAGCAGUUAAUAGCAGGGAUAGAUGAGAAAUUUGAGAAAGAUUCCGGACUUGUUCCCAGAUUCUUGGAGUGAAUUUUGAUUGGUCUGUAGUUUUCUUGUUAUUUGGUCUGAACUUUCGCCGCUGAGUUCUUGAGAGAACAUGGCUUCCUAGAAAGGAUUUCAACAUAAUAUCGCACUUUCUAUAUAAUUUUUUC